GUUUUUCUUUUGCAACCCCUCAUAUGCAGAUAAUAGAUAAUGACUUUUGGCCCUAUAUGUAUGUUCACAAAUAGACAGAUUUAAAAUUGCUGGUGACGUAACGGAAACAAAUUGUCGAAACCUGAAUUUAACUGCUUGGUAAGUUACAGGUCAACCACAGAGUAGCAGCUGGUGAAUAAGUGUAGGCGAUUCUUGCAGACAGGUUGGCAGCAUGGAUGUCAUCUUCAAAGAUGGGAUGCUGUAUCUCCAGGGAGCCAAGUAUGGAAAAAAAAUAUGGCGGAAAAUAUGGAUGAUGCUCUUCAAAGCCAGCUCCUCGGGGCUGGGCCGGUUGGAGUUCUUCAAUGUGCUUGACACCAACCCGGUGAGUGACCAGAAGAAGGCUGGACGGCAGAAAACAUCCGAGAGGAAGGUGGUGCGUCUGAGAGACUGCCUCAGCGUCACCCCGGCGCCCAAGGAGUCGUGCCUUGAGGGAUACACAUGCUUCUACCUAAGCACCACACAGUGCACCUACACGCUGGCCUCCAUGACCAGCGAGGACUGGAUAAGCGCCCUCUGCCUUCUGGCCUUCCAGAAGGAUCCUGGAAAGUCAGACAAAGGGGUUUUGGAAAGAGGGAACGUGCUGGCCAUGGAGGACAAUGAACUCUACUCGUCCUGGAAAAGCGAUCUGACCGUUCCUGCAAAGUGUCACCCAGUGACUGUGCAGAGCACGGAGGCAUCGAGGAGGUGCGGGCUGGCCGGCGAGUACCUGGUCUCCCCGGAAAAGGAAGCCGUGGCGCUGCUGUCCGUCAACUCCUGCCACGUCAUCUAUCGCUGGCCAUACAAGCUCCUGCGCAAGUUCGGACUGGUUGAGGGGGGAUUCAGCAUCGAAGCCGGUCGCCGCUGUGAUUCGGGGGAAGGAGUGUUCAUCUUCCUGUCAUCGCGUAGUCACCUUAUCUUCCAGACUAUAUCGGAGCAGUGCUCACUGGAGAGGAGAACGUCUGCCCAGACGCCCCCUGUCAGCAGAAGAUCAUUAUCUGAGCCAUCAAUUGUUGGCCGAGCUCCCCCACAUGUUCUGCCUGUGCUCAGGCCUGCAGAUGUUUCGGAUGACACGGAGGAAACCCACUACGCCACCAUUAAAACAGCACUUGCCAUGGGUUUGAUUCAGCUGCCCUGCGCCGAGCCGCAGCCUUUUAACAGCAAAGAAGCUGUGGGGGCGGCAGCCGACGACGAGGAUGAACGGUGCCACUCUCUGGAGGCCCUGAAGCUGAGGAACGACGCAGAGGAAAGCAUUUAUUACAACCUAAGGAGAGCCACUCCUCCACCGACGCGAAAAGAGCAGCUCAGCGGCGGGACGGACCGUCCAGAAUGCAUCUAUGCAGAUAUAUCGAUAGUCAAUCGUGCCUUAAACCUCCAGCCGCAGCCUUUCUCGCCACUCGGCCCCGAGCAGCCCGCUUACGUUCAAUCUGCCUCCUGCUCCGCACUCAGGCCUCGAUACCAGCGCCAGCCCCCUGUGACCAACCACGUCCAAACAGAACACAAUGCCCAGACGCAGCCAGUCGAUGACAUGCAGGAGACGGAGGAGGCCAUCGGCUCCCCUGCGGCCCCCACUGAGGCUCCCGGCAGUUUUAAACACAGGCUGGCAGAAAUCAUUUCUAAGGACCUGGCAAAGGUCCAGAUAGCACCUCCCUCCGGAUCCAGAAGCCCUGCAUUCACUCAGUAUUAGUUAACAGACAGACUACAA